GCAUACAGGCUGCCCUUCGAUACGCUACCAAGUCAUGGCAGCCCCAUCCUCAUCCUCGUCAUCGGCAUCAACGUCGGAAUGGCACCUCAUCACCUAUCAGUCCGUGUCGCACGACGGGGACCUUCUCUCAGCGCCUCUCCGCUCCCACGCAGCAAAGGAGUACUUUUCUCAAGUGGCCCAGCACUACGCUUCGCACUCCAAGACAUCCAACGCGGAUCUAUUGCCUGCUAUCCUAAAGCCAUCCUCGAGCAGCAGCGUUUCGCCAUUGGAAUGCCUAGAAGUAGCCGUCGCUGCUCUCAAUGCCUUCGUCCAGCUCAACUGGACCGGCCCUGAGCUCUCCUCCGACUCACUCCAGCCCGGGUCGCUGCUACGAUGGGCUGAGCCUUCUGCCUUUGCGCCUCGUUCCCUCGACGGAGGCGAUGGAAGCGAUGCGUUGGAUACAGCGUUGAAGAGCUCAGCUCUCGAGGCACUGACAUGGCAAGGCGAGCCAGCCUACCAUCUCUGCCGGCACGCCUUUUUCCUAACUCUAGCCACAGCGAUCAUCGACGGCCUCUCGGGGGACCAGGUUGCUUCUCAACAGCUGCUCAGCCUGCCAUGGUGGAAGCUGCGCGUCGCAAUGGUGCACAACCGCAUUCUCGACGAGCCAGUGGCCUUGCCUCGCUCCAUUCUUGACCAGGUGGACCGGCUCCUCGCCCAGCUGGCUGCCCGGGGACCGCAGGCUGCUCAGCUGCAUGCUCGUCUACUGGUCGAACGUGGUCUAGCCCUGUCCAAGACGGGAAGCGAUAAGGAGGCCAAUGACUACUUUGUACAAGCAGCUAGCGCAACAGGACUGCGCUACGAGUUGAGCGGUGCGUUGGGCAAGAAGACAAAAUACCAGCAGGAAGAGAAGACAAUUCUCGUCGUGCUGGCGGAAAGCAGCGAGGAGGCGAAGAAGGCGGAGGAGGAGGAGCAGGGAUCAAAGGAUGGCAAGGCAAGCAACGGGGCCACGCCAGCUGCUUCUUCUUCAUCCGCUGAGGCAGCGCCCACAGGCUGGAAGUCUGCCCCUUCCACCUCCUCAUCUACGGACUUGCCAACAAAUUACGAGCUCAACGACGACACCCUCCUCGAGCAGACGCGCUUCACGAGCAAUGCCUCGCCUAGCAGCGCCGUCAGUGCUCGCGAUCCUAAUUCUCAACCGGCCCUUACACCUCUGGACCAAUCCAUCCUCCUCGCCCUCUCCCUCUUUCACACCAACACCUCCCCAACGCACGGCCUCACCACUUCGCAAAUCUCCGCCUUCGUCAGUCGCGUCGCUCUGCACCCACGCAACUGGUCCGUCUAUACCAUGGCUCUCUUGCUCCGCUCCCGCUUGGAAGCCACCCGCACACGUACCGCAGAACGUGCCGUUCUCCAGCUACAAGCCCUGCUUGACCAGAUGCCCAGCACAGACUCUGCCCCGCGUGAGAGGUUGCGCUUCUUCUUCCAGCUCGACUUGCCCUCCAAGUGGGAAAUGCAGGCAGAGCUUGCGAGACGGUACGCGACGCUCGGCGUGCUCCGCUCAGCGCUGGAGAUAUACGAACGCAUCGAGAUGUGGGAGGACGUUGUUGCCUGCCUGGGCGCGUUGGGCAGGCAGGAGGAAGGGAUUGAGGUGGUACGAAGCUUGCUUGAAGGGGGUAGAAGAGAGGUCGGUGAAGUCUUGGCGAGCAAGAAGGCCUCGAGCUCUUCAGAUCGACUCACGAGGGCCCGUCGUGCCAAGCUUUGGUGUCUGCUCGGUGACCUAGAGCCAGAAAAGAGCAAGUCCCACUACCUCACCGCCUGGCGCACAUCAGGCUCUUCCUCAUCCCGUGCCGCUCGCUCUCUCGGUGGGCUCUACUUCUCUCUCACCCAGUACUCUCGCGCAACCCUCUGGCUCCGUCGCGCCCUUCGCCUCUCUUCAUUGAUGGGUCGGACAUGGUUCAUGCUGGGCUGCUGCUACCUCCGCUCCGAGGCCUGGGGGCGCGCUGCUAGGUGUUUCAGGAGGUGCACGGCGGUGGAUGAGGAGGAUGGGGAGGCGUGGAACAACUUGGCGAGCUGUUAUCUCAGGAUGGCGGGGGAGGUCGAGGCUGGAGGUGAGAGGGGAGGGCAGGUUACGCGAGAGGAAUUGGAGGGGGACGAGGUCGAAGAGGGCGAGGCGAGUGGUGGCGAGGGCGAGGAAGAUGAAGACGCAGACGAUGCAGCAUCGACAACGUCGUCUAUGCAGACGGCUACGACGGCUGAUUCCGGUGUGGCUCUCACCGCGAGAGGCAGCGAAGCUGGCGACGACGAUGAUGAGGCCGGAAAUCGUCCUUCAUCACCGCCUGCAGCACCGCGCACCAUCCUCACACCGUACAUACUCAAGAUUCUCUCGCAACGCUGCCUGCGUCACUCCCUCCGCCACAGCAGCGACUCAUGGCGGGUCUGGUCGAAUUACAUGGUCGUAUCCGUCGAUGUUGGCGACGUCAGCGAGGCGUGCAGGGCGUUUGCGCAGGUGGUCAAGCUGAAGGCGAAGCAGGAUGGCGGGAGAGUGAGGGAUGCAGAGGAGGAAAUUGAUUGGGCAGUGCUAAGGAAGCUGGUCGAUGUGGCGGCCGGGGAGGAGAGGGACAAGAAGAGCAAAGAGGCAUCGACGACAGCAGCAGGCGUGGCUCCACCUACUACCGCCGGCGCAAAUGGGACCUCCUCGUACCUGGACCUGGUAUCUGCGCCGCUCACAGCGCCCACCGCGGCGCAGGAGAACAGCUCUGGCCCGGCGAAUGGCUCACCGUCCUUCCUUUCCACCUCGCUCCUCUCGCUCCUUACGACCACUCUUCCGCCCCUCCUCCCAACACCACCUCCCGCCUCUCUCCCCUUCAUCCUCGCGCGCCUCCAUCUGGCCACCCGCGCCCCCUCGCAGGCAAUCACGGCCUACCUCGAAGCAUUCCGCUGCGUUGUUCCGCCGACCGCACCAGCGUGUGCUGAGCGGGAGCACUGGCAGAAGGCAUGCGCGGCUGCCGUUGAGAUGUGCGAGAAUGUCAGUGCGGUGGCAGGACAGUUGGACGAUGAUGAGGAGGAAAGUCGAGCGAAGCGCAAGGCUAAGAGUGCACUGAAGGGAUUCAUGGCGAGGCAAAAAAGUGCGUGGGAAGGGGAGCAGGGAUGGGCCGAGCUUGAGAAGUGGUUGGACGAGCUGGCGUAGCGCGGGGGCGUGAAGGAAUGAAAGGAUCACAUUGAUGAUGGGGUCAUGAGGAGAGGAGUGAAUAGCAAGUCUACUGAGCCACAGGAGCGAGAGAGCGUGGUCGC